AUGCCGUCUACAGAUAACCGAGUCGCCAUUUUGAAAAGCAAAUCGUUCACAGCACACCCAUCCUGAGUACUGGAACUAUGCCGCGGGGCCGGCCUCGCAAACUGAGAGUUAAAAGCAACGACGAAACAGAUGCGGAUCCAAGUGACACUAAGGCAGAAAGUUUCAGUGAUGGAGAGCUCAAGGACAAGAAAUGCACGAUAUGCUCCCAGAUCUUUACGACUGAGAGCCAGCUGCAGAAGCAUCUCCGGGAACAUGAGAGCAACGAUAAGCCUCAUCGAUGUGACCAUUGCCCACAGACAUUUAAUGUGGAGUUCAACCUCAUACUCCACAAAUCCACACACACAACCUCAGACUUCACCUGCCCGGUGUGCAAUAAAAAGUUCUCCCGCAUCGCCAGCCUUAAAUCUCAUAUCAUGCUGCAUGAGAAGGAGGAGAAUUUAAUCUGUGCAGAGUGUGGAGAUGAGUUUGUUCUUCAGAGCCAGCUCUCUCUGCACUUGGAGGAGCACCGUAAAGAAUUGUCAGGCAUCAAGGUCUACUCCUGCAAGACCUGCGACAAGGAAUUCAAGACAUCUGCACACCUCAAGGAGCACAUGAAGAGUCACGUCAAGAUGAGGCCACUCACCUCUAGUUCCAGAAACUACAAGAAAAACAUUGACCGCAGUGGGUUUACAAACAGCUGCCAUCACUGUGGAAAGGCUUUCAAAAAGCCCAGCCAGCUUGUUAGGCACAUACGGAUACACACGGGUGAGAGACCCUACAAGUGCACACAUUGCGGCAAGGCUUUCAACCAGAAGGUGGUGCUGCAGACUCACAUGGCGAGACACACUGGAGAGAAACCUCAUCUCUGCAUGUUCUGCCCAGCUUCCUUCUCCCAGAAGGGCAAUUUGCACUCCCAUGUUCAGAGAGUUCAUUCUGAGUCUAAAGGCGUACCGCUGUUCCCGUGUAUGGACUGCAGCUGUUCUUUCAAGAAGCUGGGCAGUCUGAAUGCUCACAUUAGCAAGAUGCACAUCUCUGUGAUUGAGGUGCCCUCCAGCACUCCGGAGACAGAGACAACAAGUCAGGCCCCUGGAGGGUCAGAGGGGGGCGAGGGGGUGACAGACGUCAUCCAGCAACUCUUAGAGCUGUCUGAACAGGUCAGUGGAGAGGCAGCACAGCCCCAACCUCAAGAGCCAGCUAUCACCAUGGAAACUGCCAUCAACCAGGACAUCCUGCAGCAAGCUCUGGAGAACAGUGGACUUAGUGUGGUCCAACCGCAGGGUGAUGCCACCUCCAGAGAGUCACAGAAUCAGACCACUGAGGGUGCUGCAGUAGAAAGCAAGAAAGUACAAGGUCCUGACAAACCAGUCAGGGAGAAGAAAAGGAGCAUUUUCAAGAAGCCUAUACAGAUGCCAGGCUCCAUCAGGGAGGAGAAUGGUGUGCGCUGGCAUGGCUGCCCAUACUGCUCCAAGGAGUUCAAGAAGCCCAGCGAUCUUGUUCGCCACAUCCGCAUCCACACCCACGAGAAGCCUUUCAAGUGCAAACAGUGCUUCAGAGCUUUUGCUGUCAAAAGUACCCUCACAGCACACAUGAAAACGCACACGGGCAUCAAGGCCUUUGAGUGUCAGUGCUGUCUGAAGUGCUUCUCCACUUCUGGCAGCAUGAAAGUACACAUGCGUCUGCAUACAGGUGUCCGUCCUUUCCCCUGCCCUCACUGUGACAAGAUCUUUCGUACAUCUGGCCACAGGAAAACACACAUUGCUUCUCACUUCAAAAGCCUACAGCAGAAGAAGCACAAGUUUCCCCGAAAAAGCAACAAAGCCAAAGUGUCCAAGAGUAGCCUACCUCUGCCUGAUAUCCCCCUGCAGGAACCAAUCCUCAUCACUGACUUUGGCCUCAUCCCAUCCCAGAACCCUCGCUUGGCUUUCCAACAAUACCUGGAUGUGGUGGGCAAUGAUCGGCCAUACAAGUGCCAGUACUGUAGUAAGGCCUACAAGAAAUCAAGCCAUCUGAAACAGCAUGUCAGGUCUCAUACAGGAGAACGGCCCUUCAAGUGUUUGCAGUGCAGUAGGGGUUUUGCCUCCUCAGGGGUCCUUAAGGCUCAUAUAAGGACUCACUCAGGCCUCAAGGCGUACAAGUGCGUGAUGUGCGACACAACGUUCACCACCAGUGGCAGCCUGCGACGCCACAUGACCACACACAGUGACCUGCGACCUUACAUGUGUCCCUACUGCCAGAAGACCUUCAAGUCGUCACCCAACUGCAGGAAGCACAUGAAGACACACAGGUAUGAACUGGCCCAGCAGCUGCAGCCUCAGUCAACAGAAGACCCCUUAGGAGGAGGUCCCGUUGCCCAUGAUAUGCAGGUGGAAAUAGAGGGAGAUUCCCUCCAGCAACCACCUGCUACCUCAGCAGAACAGCAAAGCAUCCUGGGACUGGGCCAGACAGAGGUGGUGAAUGGAAGUCAACAAGUGACGUUGGAGGCACCCCUGACUGACCAACCCCUUGUUCAAGGAGAAGACUCAUAUGUGACAACCCAACAUGCUUUGCCUCAGAAUAUCAGCCAGUUUGAGACACCAGCACUGCCUCAGCCUGCCUUUGAUCAGCAAGCUCUAACACAAGGCUUCACCAUCACUGAAUCGACCUACAAUCAACCCCAGUUCUCUGCUGUCCAGCAGCUGCAGGAUUCCAGCACCCUGGAGUCUCAGGCUCUGUCUUCCAGCUAUCACCCCCCGAACCUGCUCCAUGUUUCUGGUGCUGAGGUGACGAAUGGGCUUCUUCAGCAGAGCAGUCAGGGUGAGCUUCAACUGACUGCUGAAGCACAGGACUAUCAGGAUGACAGCGAAGACAACAGCAAGAGAGCUUACAGGUGCAAUUGGUGUAGUAAGGGCUUCAAAAAGUCAAGCCAUCUGAAGCAACACGUGCGCUCCCACACUGGGGAGAAACCAUACAGAUGUAAUCUCUGUGGACGAGCCUUUGUUUCAGCCGGAGUGCUAAAGUCCCACCUCAAUACACACACAGGAGUGAAGCCCUUUAAGUGUAAUGUUUGCGAUGCCUCAUUCACUACUAAUGGGAGCCUCAAUCGCCACAUGAUCAUCCACAUCAAGUCUUUCAAAUGCUCCAUGUGUGACGAGAGCUUCAGGACCAGCCUGCUGUGUAAAAAGCAUAUGAAGAAGGAACAUGCUGUGGAGGAUCAAAUUAUAGGUCUGGAUAAUCAAGACAUUGCAGAAGAGGAGGAGGAAGAGGAAGAGGAAGGGGUGCAAAAGACAUCGAAGAGGAGGGGUUUGGAAAUCAUCACCUUCACAGAGGAGCAGGCGGCCGAGCUGGCGAAGGAUCCCGGUGAGGAGGCCACGGUGUCAGAGCGUAUCCUCGCCCAGUCGGCGGCUGAGAGGGAUCGAAUCAGCGAGAUCAAAGACAAGGCCGUGGAACUAGAAACAGAACCCAAGUUUGCCAAUUGCUGCAGUUACUGCCCCAAGAGCUUCAAGAAGCCCAGUGACCUUGUCAGGCAUAUCCGGAUCCAUACAGGGGAAAGACCAUAUAAGUGCGAUGAAUGUGGGAAGAGCUUUACAGUGAAAUCUACUCUGGACUGCCAUGUGAAGACACAUACAGGUCAGAAACUGUUCAGCUGUCACAUGUGCAACACCUCCUUCUCUACAAAAGGCAGCUUAAAGGUGCACAUGCGACUCCACACUGGCUCCAAGCCCUUCAAAUGUCCCUUCUGCGAGCUGCGCUUCAGAACUUCGGGCCACCGUAAAACCCACAUCCAAUGCCACCUCCGGCCAAGCAGCGACAGAAACAAAUCCAAGCGGUCCAUCUCAUCUAUUGGUCAGGCCAGUCAAGGUCAAGAGCCAGGGACUGGGCAGGCUGUGGCCUCGGGCCAGGGGCAGCAGCCAGCAGCUUCAGAGGCUCUUCAAUCUGUGGGUCUGCUACAAACAACCGGCUCUGAUCCUAAUAUUUACCUCCCUACCAACCAAGUUCUGACAGGGCAGUUUGAACAGAAUCUACUGCAACCAGGACUGGUGGGACAGGCCAUCCUGCCUGCCCCCAUGUCAGGAGACCUGACUGUCUCUCUCCCAGAUGGACUGACCACACUUGAUGGUAUCCACCUGCAGUUGACGAAUGCCAACCUGGUUUGCCCCAAUGUCCAGAUCUCUGGCAUCGACACCAGCAACAUCAACAACAUCACACUGCAGAUUGACCCUGCCCUACUCCAGCAGACUUUACAACAAGGUGGCCUCCUCUCUCAACCCUUGAGUGUAGACGCUGGCCUGGUCUCCCACUCUAGCAGCCAGCUCAUGUCCACCACUGACCCCUCAGUGUCCGCCAAUGUCGUCAUCCACCCACUGACCAGCCUGGCCCUACAGCCCUCCGCCAUCACACCUGCUCAGGUCACAAUGGCCGGCCUGUCUGAGCAGGACGCUACAAGCUCCCAGGAUCUAAGCCAUGUCAUGGGCACCUCCGGAUUGAUAGCUGGAGGCACCGGCGGCCAGGAGAUCACACUGACUAUCAACAAUCCCAGCCUGACUCAAGCCCUUGCCUCAGCUUCUUGUUCCAGUGCUGCGACAGGAAACCCUCAGGAGAUCACCCUCACCAUAUCAGGCCAGGAUCUGCUUGCUCAGCAUAGCAACCCUAAUGGUGCCGAAAUGAAUGGCACCAUAAGGCUAGCAUCACCACUAACCAGCCAGCCCACCGGUGCAACCUUGACUAUCACCAAUGACCACCUGCUACCUCAGAGCCCCGCCAAUGCUGGAAUGGCAGUCUCCAGCCUGCCGCCUAGCACCACCCUGUCACAUACUGCUGUCACAUCUCAAAGCCUAGUGAUGUCACCAGGAGGCGUGGCCAGUGAUAACAGUGUUACACUGACGCUGGCAGAUGCUCAGGGUAUGCUGGAUGGUGUCACACUAAACCUCAAUACACAGGGUCAAACAUUCCCUGCUGUGUUAAGUGACUCCAGUCUAUCAGGACAGCCAGCCAGCUCAGGCCAGCAGGUUAUAUUGGUCAGCCACCAUUCCCAAUCCACAAACGGAGUGUCUGACAAUGGCUACAAUAUUACUGAUGAUGGUCAUAAAGGUGUAAAGGAUGGCCAGACGGAAGCUGAUAAUCGGAACCAGUGUUACUACUGUAAUCAGGUGUUCCAGAAUGCCAACACACUGCGCCGCCACUGCAGACAAGCUCACGGCAAAGACCGCUGUCAUGUCUGCAGUCUCUGCAACAAGGCCUUUAAGCGAGCCACACACCUGAAGGAACAUGAGCGAGUGCACCAGCCGGGCCCGUCACCCAGCUCUCAGAAACCCAGAGUCUUCAGCUGCUCCUCCUGCGUGAAGGCCUUCGCCAAGCGCAGCCAGCUGGAGAGACACAACCGAACACACACAGGUGAGCGGCCCUUCAAGUGCAGUCAGUGUGACAAGGCCUUCAACCAGAAGAGCGCUCUGCAGGUCCACAUGGUCAAACACACUGGAAAGAAGCCCUUCAAGUGUGAGGUGUGCAGCAUCAGGUUCACCCAGAAGAGCAACAUGAAACACCACAUGAAGAGAUCCCACGGCUACGGUCAGAUCCAAGAAGUCUCCCUGAGCCAAGAAGAACAAGCACCCCAGGUUGAGGUAACGCCUGAACUUGACCUGGAAGUGGUUCCUGAGUCAUCUGGAGACUGGCACAAUGUCUUCCCCUAAACCACAUGAAUCCCGCAGUCAAAAAGCACUGUAGCACUGUGCACUGAUUGAGUUUCACAACUCAACAGCAAAGCUUUACCAAACAUUUUCCUCAUCUCAAAAGGGUUAUUUGGUCAGAAAAAAAGAUUGAAGACAUUAUAGAUUUGCUUCACUGUGUAGAGCUUUUUCGCUAGUAGCAGUCCCCUGUUGUUUAUCCAAAUUAGCAGUGAAAUAAGGGGAGUCUGGUUCCUUGUGAUUGGCCUAAUGUCUUUUAUCUGUUUUGGUACUGUCCGAUUGUCAUCAAUAUGAUGACCUCCGGAGAGGUUUGGCUCAAUAAAUGCAGGCAUCCCAGAGAAUUCUCCAGGUCCCUCUCAUGCUGCCCCUGUUGCGAAGAGAGGAAAGCGUACUCUGCAAAAAAAGCUCCCGACGGACAACUGCCUCGUCUCUUCAUUACUGGUCUGCUCACAGGGACUUCUGCAGAGCUGCUAACAACUGCACUGUUGUCAUGGCUUCAGUAACAGCGAUGUAACAGCACAUAACAUGGAAAGCUUUUUCACUACGCUACAUAAAAUCUCACUUUUUUCUUUUUCUUUUUUUUUAACGUAUUUAUACUGUACAUAGUUCACGUUGAGGUUAAAUGUCAUUUGUCAUUUGUUACAUGUUUGUGUUAGUUAGGCCAAAGUGGUGUACCAAACAUGUUGGUGAAGAACAGCAGUGAGCUGUGAAGACCUUGUUCAGCAUUUGACGAUGGACAAGCUUUUUGUCUGCAGUUUCCUUGUUGUUUUCAUAGCAUUUAGUCCCUCACAGCACCGUCAGUUUCUUUACUGUAGUUCCUUCUGUAAAUAGUGUAGUUAAAUUACGAAUAUUUUCUGAUGAUCUCUGUCAACAUAGAUUGGUUGGAAAUAUGUAAUUUGAGCAUAAUGUUGCAUUUGUUGUGAGGCAAAGCCGAUGUACAGAUGAUAAGCUGUUUCUUUUUUUCCAUUUUUAUUGUCUAUACUAAAUUAAGAAGAUUAAAGUAAUUUUUCUACUAA